AUGACUUCAAAUGAAGAUUUUAAGAGUUCUUCCUUCAAGAAAUUGCCAGAUACUGUGGGACAAAAAGAGGUAUCUGAGAAAACAGAGAACCUAUCAGAUGGAGACAAGGAGAAGACAACCAACCAACCACAGUCUUCUUCGAGGCCAGUCCCCAAACCAGCAAAUGAACCUGGAAUGGAGAAUAAACCUGCUGCAAACAAGGAGAAUCCUACAGUUGAGAAGUCUUGGGAGGAAGUCAUGAAGAAGUUGGAUAUACUGGAUGAUGACUUGGUCAAUGGCUAUAAAGAUGAUAUUGAUACACUCUUGGUUUUUGCUGGGUUAUUUUCUGCAGUUGUUACAGCUUUUACAAUUGAAUCAUACAAAUGGUUACAGGAAGAUCCAGCAGACACCACUUCCAUGCUUCUCAAUACCACCGUCAUGCUCCUCACUCAGAUUGUUCAGCAAAACACCACCAAUCAAUUUCCAAUCCCAUCCCCACCCCCUACUUUCAUUCCCUCUCCCUCAGUUGUGCGGAUCAACACAUUCUGGUUUGUCAGCCUUACACUUGCUCUAGUUGAUGCCUUGUUUGGGCUCCUUUGCAAGCAGUGGCUUCGCGAACACCAGAGACAAACAAAUACACGUACUCCAGGUCAGGCAUUAGCACUCCGUUGGCUGCGUCACAGAAGUUUUGAGGCAUGGCAUGUUCCUACUAUCCUUGCAUCUCUCCCAAUGCUGCUUGAGAUGUCACUCUUCCUUUUCUUUGCUGGAUUAUUAGAGUUGUUGUGGACUCGCCAUGCUGUGCCAUUUGCCAUUGCACUUGCUGUUGUUGGACUUGCCAUCAUGUUCUACCUCACCACCACUAUACUCCCUGGCUUGAGUAUAAUCCAACAAGUCCUUCGAAUUAAUUCUGAAUUCGCAAGUGAUCCAUAUUUGAACCUGGAAAGCAUACAGAUUUUACCCACAAUUGACUUGAUUUGCCCCUACAAAUCCCCCCAAUCAUGGCUUGCAUUCCGCCUCAUUUCAUCCACAUUUCAUCUCACACACUUCCUGUUCCUGUACUCCAUCAUUAUUCAGUUCAUUCCAUCCUGGAAAUCCUACAACAGUUAUAUUCGGCAAUGGAGAUUCAAUGAGUUCAUCUCAAAGAACAUGUUGGACCUUUCUGCUUGGCCAUCACUUGACCUCAAUGUCAUACAACGCUUCUCGAGUAUCGAAGGAUGUCCUGAUCUGUAUGGAUUAAAAGGGUUACGAUGGCUUGUGCAGGAAACUCGGGAUAUACCAUCCAUGAUUCCACAUCUGAAGAAUGUGCUGGCAGAGACACCUCUUCAUCUGGUUUUCCCUACUCUCUUAGAUGGGCUGGAAGGACUGGAUACCUUUGACUUGGAAUCUUUGUUGCAAUCUCCUUACACUGGGCACAUUGAUGGUUUAUUUGAUGAUCAAUCAUCUGAAUACAAUUUAGCUCUAAUCAGCCAGAUGGUAGCAUUCCAACAUUUGUUGGUUAGCUCUGAUAGGUACUCUUUGGAAGAUUCAUGGAGGAGUGCAGCACUGAAGCUUUCAGAUUCUAUCCCCAAAGAACCGGUCAACCUCCAAUUUGUGUACACACUCUUUUGUCCCGAGCAAUGGUUACUGGCCCCAUUGAAGGAUUGUAGGGAUAAGGGGAUGUUGGAUUUUUAUACCCAAAAUUGGGAUCAACUGGAGGUUUCAACAAAACUCCAGAUAAUUUAUAGGCUAUCUAGGUCCAUUCUUCCCUCUCUCGAACAAUCAUCAGAACAAAACAUCACAGCGACAGUGAUGGCCUCCGAGGAUGCACUUCAAUAUUUCACUUUUGUGAACAACAAGAUAUAUAAUUUGGAGGAGUAUGGUUUUUUGGAUUCCACAGGUGUAAUUUGGAUGCAUGUAUUGAGGCAUGUACGACACAUCAAUCAGUUGCCACUGCUUUAUUUCAAACCAAUCUGUGGAUACUUUCCGCUAUUGAUGGACGAGUUCAGGGGCGUCUUGGACAGUUCAUCAGCAUAUGACUCCGUGGUCAUCAGGCACUUGUUGAACUCGUACAAGAAGUGCUGGGUCGCCAGAGUGUUUGUUUCCAACAUGAUUGAUCUAAUCAAGACUCUGACUAGUCAUCUAAAUGACACAAUGUCAUUUCCAGCGCCGAGUAGUUCUUAUCCAACUUCUUCGACAGAGGACUCACAACAGCUAUCUUCGAUCAAAUCCUUCCUCAUCGGUUCACAAUGUGGUCUCAAUUUUCUGGCCUUUGUGAACAAGGAAUUGGGGUCAGCAUGGUGGCAUGCCAAUUAUGCUGAAAUUGUUAUUCCGUGGAUGGAUCUGUUGAAAUCAGUACAACUUUUCCAUGGGUUACCGCCCGGUUGUUUCGAAUCCAUCCCAAAGAUUCACAGAGAUUCGAGUUUGUACACACCAGGAAGCGAAGUAGUAGGUGGAAUCAACACGGAAGUUGCUACAGGGGGUCAGGAAACUGACAGUAUGGCCAGCAGAGUAGCUCGGCAGGCAGGCGAAGUGAUCGAGAACGAGCAUGAGCCACCAUCUCUAACUUCCAGCCGUGAGAAACUCGGAGAUGGUUCAGGAGAUUCAAGAAUGGAGAUACCAGCAACAGAGGUCGCUCAAAUAAAACAGCCGGAUAAUAAGGGGGUUUCGGAGGUGACUGGGGACGACCGAAGUAUAGCGCACAGUAUCGUAAUGGAUGGAGAAGGAGACGGAGACGGAGAUGGAGAUGUUGGGAGUCCAGGGGCGGAUAUUAAUGUUUGA